UUUACUUGUUACUCUGCUGUAGCUUAAUUUCAAAGAUAUUUAAAGCAAAAUCAUAUGAACAUCUAUGUGGAAAAUCAGAAGGUUAAUUAUAACUCAGGAGGGAGACUGACCACAUGUAAAUAGCGAACACAGUAUAGGGACCUUGUAUAAGAGGUCAGUUCCUAUUUUUGUCUGUUUUCUGCUACACAGUCAACCGGUUCAACCUGAUAUGACAUGCAGAUUAUUUUGCAUUAUAUUGCUGAAGUUGUGACACUUGUUGGCACACAGCAGCACAUGGGCACAGUCUGAGAGAAAGAGCAAGCCUCACUCAGCUUUCUUCCUGCUUCAUACAGAGACAAGUCUAAACGCUGCUCAGCCUGAAAUCUCACACUCACUCGCCUUUGGGGGAUUUAACCACCAUUCCAAGGGGCAUUAUGUUAAGGAAGUGGAACAUGAUCUCAGGAUUUACCCUGUGACUUAAAGGAAGGAGCGAGAUUUUGAUCAGAAACAACAGCCUGAUGGAAGGAGAGGGAGGCUCUAAAGGAAAUUCCAAUAGUGCUGACAUGUCUCAAUUACUUCCCCUUCUGGCAGAAACACAUAAGUCUGUAGCAGAAGGAGAGAGGGCCAGUGUGGUUGAGAGUCUGGAGGAGAAACACACAGAGAUAAUGGGACUGUUGACAGGGGAUGAGGGAAAGGAGGGCUCACAGGUCGUCAAUUCAAGGCCAGAGAGCACUGCUGUCUGUUUAAGAGAUUCUGAGUUGUCCUCUAAAACUAAGCUUUGUGGAUACCUCCACAAGCAGGCUGGGCCCCUGAAAACCUGGAAAUGUCGUUGGUUUACCUACGAGGAGAAGAAGUGUCAGCUGUUUUAUUAUCGCACUGCACAGGACUUGAACCCUCUUGGCAAAGUGGAGCUGCGCAAUGCCACGUUUAGCUACCCACUGCAAGGAGAGGAGGGGACCUUCCACAUUCAGACACCUGAGCGCACUUUCAUACUUAAGGCAGCAAACAGAGAUGCUAAGAUGUACUGGCUCCAGCAGCUGCAGCUGAGACGUUGGCAGCACAGAGAGCAGCUUUGUGCAGAUUCCCCACUGCCAAUGCCAGAGAAGCCCACACAGGAUGGCCAGCAGUAUUUAGACACCUGCCCUGAAAACUUCCUGCCCAUGGUGAAGAUCCCGUCCGGUCUGGUUGGAGUGGAAGCAGCCAAUGUUCCUGUACAAACAAACCCACUCAACGUGUCCAUUAAACACCCACUCAUUGAGAUACAAAACUCAGUACAGAGCUUUCUCCUUCGCCGGCCAUCUACGGAAAUGGGCCGUAGUGUAUUUUGGGUAGAACCACCAGCCACCCUGGCUGAUACCCCAGGAAUUAAUCCCUCCUCCAGUACAACUACCCCUGAAAUCUCCCAUGCCCAGACAUCACCUCCGAGCUCAGGUCUGCCUCCUGAAGUGGAGUGUGAGAAGCCUUGUGAAAAACUCCUGACCCACGGUUCAUCUCUAACGCUACCCAAUGGGAAACUUAAGAAAACAAACUCUGCCACCUUUCCAUUCGACCGCAAAGAGGCAAACACCGUUGACCUUCUGUCACGCCUUAAACAGGAGAAUCUCACACUGGCCGUGGAGGUCCAAGCCCAGAAGGAAUUGGUGUGGCUGCUGCACAAAGCCCUGGAGGCAGCUCAGCUGGAGAAGCGUGCGUGUGCUCAGUACCUUGCAGCUGAGAGUGAGCAGGAGCGUCUGGAGCUGGUGCGUCACAGCGAGCGCUGCACCACAGACCUGCGUGAGCGUCUGGAGCAGCUGCGGCGUGAGAACGAGGGACUGAGGAGAAGCCUGGAGGAGAGGGAUGCACAUGUGAAAGAGAUACAGGACAACGUGAAGAUGCUCAUGGAGAAGAACCAGGCCAAGCAGGAGGUCAUUGUCAAACUAUCUGAGCAAAUGUCUGCAUGCAUUGCUGACCCAGGACACACCAUCUCUUCUGACCGUAUCAGCUCAGAGAGCCUCAGGCAGCUUGUACAGGAGAUGGACAACCUCAAGGAUGACAUGGAAGCUUACAAAACCCAGAACAAGUUCCUGAACUCAGAGAUCUACCAGCUGACCAAACUGUGGCAGAACAGCUCAGAGCAGGAGAAAUCGCUAAUGGUGAAGUGUGCCUAUCUGGAAGCCAGCAACUGUCAGAUGGAGAGCAGGUACCUGGGAGUCCUAAGAAAACUCCAGGAGAAUAAGGAACUGAAUGCCGAGCAAAGUGCUGUUAUCAGGAAGUUAAUAGAAGAGGCACUACGGGCCGAUCAGAAAGAUGUCAUCAGAUUCGACACUAUCAGGGAAUACGAUGAGUACGGCUUUAAGAUCAUCCCCGACUAUGAAGUGGAGGACAUGAAACUGCUGGCUAAAAUCCAAGCCCUGGAGAUCCGCUCUCACAAUCUGCUCCAGCAGGAAACUGGUGACCGGUCACUUCUGGCCCGCUGGACUCAGUUUCUGGGAGGUCGUUCUCCUGAUGUUCUCUCCUCGAGUGAGGAGCUGAAGACUCUGGUGCGAGCAGGAAUCCCGCGUCAGUACAGGUCGUAUGUGUGGCGCUGGAUGGUGCGGGUCAGGACCCACACACUGCGCCAGGGCCACCCUGACCUUUUCCAGCAGCUGUGCGAGAAGAGCCGAGCCACUCCACACUCGGCAGCCAGGCAGAUCCAGCUGGACCUGCACCGCACACUCACCACCAACCAGAGCUUCUCAUCACCCUCCAGUCCAAUGCUGCAGAAGCUCCAGAGAGUCUUGCUGGCGUUCUCCUGGCAGAACCCAGCUGUCGGCUACUGUCAGGGACUCAACAGACUGGCCGCUAUUGCCCUGCUGGUGCUGCAGAGUGAGGAGGAGGCUUUCUGGUGUCUAGUGGCCAUAGUGCAGUUCAUCAUGCCUAAGGACUACUACACCAAAACUCUUCUGGGCUCUCAGGCAGACCAGCGUGUGUUUAAGGACUUUAUGGCAGAGAAGUUGCCACGGUUGGUGGCUCAUUUAGAUGAAUACAAUGUGGACGUGUCCCUCGUCACUUUUAACUGGUUCCUGGUGGUGUUUGUGGAGAGUUUGCCCAGUGACAUCCUGCUUAAAGUCUGGGAUGCCUUCCUCUAUGAAGGCACUAAGGUGAUAUUUCGAUACGCACUUGCUAUUUUCAAAUACAAAGAGGAGGACAUUUUAAAGAUCCAUGACAACGUGGAAAUCUAUCAGUACCUCCGUUUCUUUACCAAAACAGUCACAGAUGGCAGGAAGUUGACUAGCAUCGCCUUCUUGGAUUUGAACCCGUUCCGGAUGAAGCAUGUGAGGAACCGGCAUGCUGUGCACCUGCAGCGGCUUAAAGCUGAGCUCCGUGAACUGGAGAAACUGCAGAAAGAGUAUAGCUCGGAGAACAGCCAGCGCAAAGACAGCAUACUGGACCUGGACCUCAUCCCCAGUGAGGAUGAUGAUGAUGCGUAGACAUUUAAACACUUAGAUGUACAAAUAAAAUACAGUGUACUUGUACAAAAGCACUUGCACAAAAGACAAAAAUAUAUGUAUGUAUAUUUAUAGCACGCAAAUACAAUAAUGAGGACUGCUGGGAUUCUCUCUGAUGGACAUUAAUGGAUUUUUCAUCAGUACUGUAUAUGCCAGACUACUAGAUUUGAGGACAAAUGCAUGUUUGAAAAGAAAACAGAAGGGGUUUACCAGUAGAGGGUGUUUGACUCUGUUGGAUUAGAGACGGUGAGUCAGCGAACGUGCGUAAUCUGCUUUCACAAACAAAACAAAAUUCCUCAUGUCUUGAAUGGACAGAUUUGACUCAUUUAAUAACAAAAGUGUUCUUUCAUUAAAAUAUGAGAAACACUAAACAUUCCUGCACUGAACACAAUAUAACGGGUUACAGCACUUUAUUUUCACUACCGUUUGUUGUACAGAAUUUCUCAAUCAUCAAACGUGUCUGUAUAACGUAUUGUGUAACAUAUAACAUGUUCCUUAUUAGUUUCCACCUUUUAAGCUCUAUGUACAAGAACAGUCAAAAGUUUGGACACACAAGGAUUGAAUAUAUAUUUUUCAUUGUCUUAAAGACAUUUUGAUAAAGACUUAUGGUUGAAAUGUGUUUAUAGGGCAAAUGUAAAUAGUGAAGUUUAUACAGACGUACACAUUUAUUUCUGAAUAGAGUUCUUAACUGAAAAAUAAAUUGUUUCCUAAAACAAGUAGUUUUCAUGUGGAACUUAGGAGAAGCAGCGAGGAGCUCGAUCUAUUUGGUAAGUUGAAGAACAAAACCUCCGGGGUGAAGCUCUCUUAUGAAGCUGGUUAAGAAGAGUGUGCAAAGGAUUACUGUUAAAAAUGUCAAAUCUUACACUAAAAUUACACUGAACACUUUUGUUGGACACUGCUUAAUUACAUAUAUAAUCUUUUAUAAUAUUAAUGUCCUUAUUAUUUGAAAACAGUAGAAAAUAGUAAAAAUUAAGAAAACCCUUCUACAAAGGUGAGUUAAAUGAAAACCUUAAUUUAAUAUAUACAUAUAUAUAUAUAUAUAUACAC